ACUCGCAUUCUUUCGUUCGUUUCAUGAGCAGACCGACUGCAUUUCGUGCUAUAUAUUGUAUUCAAUUAUAUUACUAGCGUUUUGAUUUGACUUUCCUGUUGAAGUGUUUUAUUUUUUUAUGUAGUUAUUAAUGUUCUUAUUAUAUUAAGUGUUGUGAACAAAGUGUUUUUUUAAAGCUACAGCAAACAAGGACAAAGCGAACAAGACAGCUGUAGUUCAAUAUGGCUGCUCUUAAUAAAACCCAACCUUUGAAAUUCGAUCGAAUAUGUCGAGCUUGUCUACAGAUAAAAAAGGAUAUGAGACCAUUGUUCGAACAACUCACAGCUACUAUGUUAAUGGGCAUAUCAAAAGUGCAGGUAUCAAUAGGCGACGGGCUGCCAUCGCAACUAUGUCUACAAUGCGUGCAUCAGAUCUCACGCUGCCAUGCAUUUAAAGAGCUAGUGGAACGCAAUGACGCCACAUUACGCGACCAAGUUAAGAAGAUGGUAGAAGAAGCUGCCCUGAAGCUCGAAAGAGAGGAGAAGCAGAAGCUGCUGAACCUUCAGAACUGCUCGGAGCCGUGUUUCCAAUACGUGGAACUGCCUUUAGCGUCCAACCCCAGUCAAAUACUUGACAACUUCUUCGCGGAAACACAAGUCGGACAGGAACAACCUAAGGAAGACUUCGCCGGUGAAAAGACGUUUGUAGAACAACCAACACCUGUUAUCAAAGAUGACGAACCUCUAAAUUCAGAUGAAGAAAGUUACCUCCAAAUGGUGGUCUUCCAAGCGACCUCCUCAGUGUCGCCGGGGAGGCAUGUGUGCAACCUUUGUCAUAAGGAGUUCAAGCAUUCGCGCUGGUUGAAGCAACACAUGAGGUCUCAUACUAAUUGGAUCAAAGCCAACUGCAAGAAACCGCCCAUGUGCCCGAUUUGCGACAGAACUUUUAAGGGGCCCGGCAUGUUGAAAAUGCAUAUGCGAACACACGAGCAGCGGCCCCCGAAGCAGCCUACCUGCUCUGUUUGCCAACGGACAUUCACUACCAAGACUUUGCUUUAUAGACACAGACAAACUCACUUCGAACAGAAGACACACCAGUGCACAGUGUGCGAGAAACGUUUCUUCAGCGGUUACGCGCUGCGCUCGCACAUGGCACGUCACCGCGGUGAACGUCCAUACACCUGCUCACUGUGCAGCAAGAGUUUCUACAAUCCCACCGACCUGAAGGUUCAUUUCCGUUUGCACACUGGUGAGAAGCCUCUGAAAUGUUCUGAAUGCAACAAAACGUUCCGUCGCCACUCCACGUUGUGCCAGCACAUGAAGAAACAUCGCGGUAUCAGGAAUCACGUGUGCAGCGUCUGCAACAAAGGAUUCUAUGAAAUCUCUAAGUUGAAUGCUCAUAUGAGAGUACAUACAGGCGAGCGGCCGUUCGAAUGUCACCUGUGCGACCGUAAGUUCGCGCAGCAAUCCGCGCUCAUAUACCACAAGCGGACGCACACCGGCGAGAAGCCGUACGGGUGCAAGGUGUGCAACGCCCGCUUUACCACCUCCUCAGCCAGGAACAACCACAUCGUCACGCACAACGGCAACAAGAGGUUCGUCUGUCCAGCGUGCUUCAAAGUGUGUACGUCUCGUACGGAACUCCGCGUGCACUCGACCAAACACGCUGGCGAAAAAUUGUUCGCUUGUGAACUAUGUUCUCAUCGCUUCAGCUCUGCCUCUUAUUUAGCUGUACAUAGGAGGUACCACACUGGCAAGUACCAGUGCAAUGUUUGUCAGAAAUGUUUCGCUGAAUCUCAAUCCCUCAAGAGGCAUAUGAAAACGCAUGAGGCCAAAAACGCAACGGAGUCGUCGACAACGAAUUUGGAAAAUAUAGAAACACAAAUAGCUGUGACUCCGAAACCUAAUGACGUCAUACAAGAAGGAAUCAAUAACGUAGUAGAAGAACAAGUGGAGAACACAGAACAAAGUCAAGAGGUAACUGUGCAAGAGAAUACGUCACCAGCUCAGAAGAGAUACAGAUGUGGCAUCUGCGUGAAGACGUACAUGUACCUGCAUAGUCUUAAGAAGCACAUUUUACAAGUUCAUAUGCAACAAGCUCAACAACAGCAGCAGCAACAACAACAACAACAACAACAGCAGCAGCAGCAGCAGCAGCAGCAACAACAACAACAACAACAGCAUCAGCAACAACAACAUCAGCAGCAGCAACAACAACAACAGUUGCAACAACAACCGCAACAGCAGCAGCAGGUUCAAGCGGUUUUACAGGUGGGUGGCGUGCAGCAGCUAGCCGUUCCCAUACACGCCCAACAUGUACAGCAAGGAAUUGUGCAGAGUGGAAGUUACCCAGUUAUAUCUUCUGUUCAAUCAUUGCAGCUACAACAGACACAACAGCAAGUUAAUACGCAACAGCCGCAACAAUUGCAGUUGCAAACUAUACAAAUACACCCGCAACACCAACCGAUACAAAUACACACUGUCGGCGUGCAACAAGUACAGCAGCAACAACUGCACGUAGCGACAUCUUCCUGCCAAUCGAUGAUACCAAACAUACUACAGUUGCAGCCGGGUACGGUGGCCGUGUCGGGUCUGGGCGCGCAGGAGCUGGCGGGCGUCGCGCACCGCAUCAUCCUGCAGCCGCAGCCGCAGCCGCAGCAUCCCGCCGCCGCCGCCGUCUAUACAAUACACCACUGAAUGUACAACUAGCAUAGUCACAUAUACAAAUAUAUUAUUGAUGUUUUAUU